AUGAACAAUCUUUCGUCAUACAUUAAAAAUAAAAUAGAAACUCGUGGUGUUAUGAUCAUUCGUGAUGUUUUACCGAAUGAGUAUGCAUUAAAACUAAAAGAAGAUGUACCACCAAUCGACAAUCCAUAUACAAAAGCAUUUCUACAAGAUAAACCAGUUUUUUAUGAAUUAUAUUGGUCACCAGCACAGAUUCUUGCUCGAGCUGAUUGUCGAGUUCUUGAAGCAUUAAGGUUUGCUAAUUCAUUUUGGCAUGCAUCACCUGCAACUCGUAUCUGUCUGCAAGAGAAUAUUAUGUACGCUGAUCGAUUACGAAUUCGUCAACCUGGUGAUGCUCAAUUUGCUCUUGGACCGCAUGUUGAUGGUGGUGGUAUUGAAAGAUGGGAAGAUCCAGAAUAUCGAUCGUGUUAUUCAUCUAUUUUUCAAGGUCUAUGGGAAGAAAAUGAUUUCUUCGAUGCUACUCAUCGUGUUCGUGCACAAAUGUCUCUUUAUAAUAUGGCAGGUGGUUGCUCUGCUUUUCGUACUUGGCAAGGUUGGCUCAGCCUUUCUACAGUCAGUCCUGGUGGAGGAGGACUUUUAGUUAAUCCACUACUUAAAUUAACCACAUCUUAUUGGCUUCUUCGGCCUUUCUUUCGACGAAUAAAAGAAAAUGAUUCAUGGGAAAUUGAUGAAUCAAGUAUUUGGCAAGGUGCUGUUCCUGGUCGUGGACAAGAAAUGACUGACUCAUUACAUCCUGAUUUAGAAUUGUCGACAUCAAUGGUUUCAAUUCCUACAGUAAAUCCAGGUGAUAUGGUAUUUUGGCAUUGUGAUACAAUUCAUGCUGUCGAUCCAAUUCAUGGUGGUCAAUCAGAUUCAAGUGUUUUCUAUAUUCCAGCUGCACCUUUAUGCGAAGUUAAUGCUGAAUAUUUGGUUCGACAACGUCAUUCUUUUGAAUAUGGUAUUCCUGCACCCGAUUUUCCCGGUGGCAAAGGUGAAUCUAAUCAUAUCGGACGAGCAACUACUAAAUGUGUCAAUACAGUUGACGCUAAAUGUGCAAUGGGUCUUGAACCAUUCGAAAUCAAACCACAUAUGACAUCAGGAGAAAAAGAAAUGAUCUUGCAUGCUAACAAUCUUUUAAAUCUAUGA